AUGUAUAUAGGGACGUUAAAGAGUUCAAAAGAAACCGGUUUAUAUCCGGUUCGGUUCCGAACUUUUAUCAAUCGGUUUGAAGUUUUCGGACUUUUAGACACUUACAAUACUUAUGAAAGUUUAAUUUUAAAUGAUUUGGAAUCAUUGAAUUAUACUUUUUCUGAUUAUAAUGAAGAUGAUAAUGCUCUAGCAAGCACAUCUAAAGCCGGCCCUCAAUCUACUAUAAUAAAUAAUACUAGACAAUUAGUAUCUCAACUACGUCUGACAACUCAACUAUACCGGAUGGUUCUUUAUUAUGACCUUCCAAGAAAAGUCGAGCAUGUCAUCCGAUUUGGCAAUAUUUAA